AUAGAGGAUGCAUGGGUGAAAUAUAUUGAGGAUGAUAGUUGGAUGAUUUGUAGUAGACAAGGAGAGAAUAAGCCACGACGGUGUAUAAUUUAUGUAUAGUAUAUUUGACGGCAAGCUUCUGUUCGAACAGGGUUUCUCAUUCCAUCUGAUCCUGCGUCUCUCCCUCGCACCGCCAACUGCCCCUCCUCCAUCUCUCUCCUUUCCGCUCCUGAGCAUAGAGCAUUUGCUUCCGCGGUCCACACACUCCCCUUCAUGCCCACUGACCACGACGACAUGGCUACCAAACCACCCCAGUCGCUCCCGUCUUUUGCACAAACAUUCGGUGGGACCCCAACGUUCGCUAGACUAUCUGAAACGAACAACGCGUUACCCCCCAUACAUCAUCGACCACCCUCCUUUGAACGCAAUCGCGGCUCUCCCGCUCAGGCCUCUCCGCGGCCGCAGCAGGCUGAGACGAAACAGCCCAGCAGGAAACGCUUACAUGUCGAAUCGUCGCCAGGAGAAAAGGACGAGAGAGGGACUCCGGAGGGGCGUCGAUCACCUCGCAUCGUUCGCAUCAAGGAGGAGGCAGACUAUGACGCUGUUCCUCCCUCGACACAGUCUCGGCCUGCCUCUCGUCAACGGGAGGAGCGGGUCUCUCUUCAAGCAGCAUCUUCUGCCUCAAAUCCGUCCAAAAGACGUCGUGUAACAAUCAGCGGGAUGUCGCAGUCGAUCAAUACAGACGUCAGACGGCCUUCGGUCGAUAACGGGAUUUCUCCUGUCGUCAUGGGUUUCACAAUACAGCGGGAUGACCCCUCCGCUUUGGAGCAGGUUCGUUCAAUGCUCACCGUGAAACAAAAGCAGAAGGAGCUUAUUGAACAGCGGAGAAAUUCUGUUGCCGGUAUACCACCACCUACUGCACCUCCGACUGUGAAUAUCGUGAACCCGCGUACCGGGUCCGAAGAACGUCAAGGCUCCACGCCUAAGCCAACUACUCGAGGCGGGGGACGCAGUCCCAAUCUCUCUGCGGGUGUUGGCGGGCCCAGGCGGUCUGUUGUGGCUUCUUCUUCUGCGGCACCUCCAGCGCCGAGUCAGACCCAAGCGUAUUCCAACGCUCGUCAACCGAGCCCUGCAGCGCUGGUUGUUCCCACACAGCAACGUCGAGAAAGUACAUCCACAAAUACUCAGCCUGCACAACCACCUGCACCAGCUGCCUCUGGGCCUGCAACUACUUCACAAACGGCUCACUUACAUCCGCCGCCGCCACCGCCGCCUUCUUCCACUACACACGCAGCUUCACAGGUGUCUACACAUUCGCAACCCCCGCCUGCUCCACCAGCAAAUGCACUCCCUGCUCCACCCAUCAGUUUCUCACGCCGUCGUGCAGGAAGACUGACAGGCGGAGGGAAACCUAAACCUGCUGAUAUCAUGAUAAGUCCCAGGGAUACACAAUCGGAUAGUUCACUGCAACCUAUCAUUCAAAGUGCGCCACCUAUCCCACGGACAGGUCAGGGUCUACCUCCAUCAAGUGGUCGGUCCAUGGCCAUUCCGACUUUGCCUUCAGUAAGUGGUCAUAGGAGAAUGACUUCGGGUCAGGUUCCGCCUACGCCAACGAGAAUCGCUAUGCAGCAGAGACAUGCAGCGUUAGGUCGAUCACCACCUGAUGCGAACGUGCCAAUUGCAACGAGCCUGGUCCCUCCUACGCCUGCAUCGUUCCAUCAUCCAGGGUACUCUGGAGAGAAAUCGGCGUUUUUAGCACCCUUUGAGAUGUUCUAUGAUGCUUUGAACGAUUCGAAGCAGUUGAAGACUUGGCUUGGGGAUCAGUUGCACAAGUCUCAGACUUUGAUGGCCAGCUUGCAGAGACAGCAAGAGCAAUUGGAUGAGACUGUGAAUAGUCUUGUUGACAAGAGGGUGGCUACGAUGCGUGAAGAGGUAUAUGGACUCCGUGUGCGUGUAGACGAGCUUGAACAGGCCUUGCGCACAAGGGGUUCUGGCUCCUCAGGGUACAGUCCUAAUAUGACUGGGAAGACGAAGGGCAAAGCUGCUAAUGGCUAUCCGCCGCAAAUGGGCGUCGUACCUGAGACUUAUACCUUCCCUGCCAUCGAUCCCCUACGUCGUCCGGAACCUAUACGUCGCCUUUCCUCACCAGGGGUGGACCGUGACAACGACCCACGAAGUGUCCCCGGCUCUCACUCAGCUUCUCCCGUUCCUUUCGACGUCGGCCGACGUCUGUCUGUCUCUGCAAUGCGUCUUGACCCUCCUCCAGCUCGACAUCAUGAUCUUUUACCUCCGCCUCCUCCCCCUUCAAAUUCGGGGCCCUCGCGACCGUCUUUCAGCAGUCAUCCGCAUCCACGUGAUCCAGUUGGUGGUGGGUCGCCUUACAAUCACGGUGGUGCUCCUCCGCCUGUAAGUGGUUGGUCACCCAGGAUGUCAAAGUCGAGUCUGCCGACGAGUUCGACGAGGAGUUCAUUGAAUCAGAGUUUGAGUAGUUCAGAUUUGCCGGGCGGUGUGAGGCAUAGUACGUCUGCGCCUGGACCGCCGUUGGGGCAGAGAUAUUCAAUGGAUGCGAGGUAUAGAGAGAGCAGGGAUAGAGAGGAUUUGGACCGUGAACGUGAUCGCGUUAGAGAGAGGGAAGUUGAGAGGGAUAGCGAGAGGGAGAGAGAUCGAGAUCGAGAUCGAGAAAGGGAGCGAGAGAGAGGUGAUCCUCAUCCUGCUAGCUCUCAGUUGACAAGAGACAGCAUCAGCUCGCCCCAACAGAAAUCUCGGCCACGAUCCCCCAUGGACACGAGCUAAACGCGCGGUUUUGUGGUGUUCUUACAAGUUGAGAUGGCUGGAGGAUGAUAUGGCUGCUGCACCUGUCGGUGUAUUGCUUUCUUCUGUUUCUUACUCUUGGGUUUCAUCAUGGCGUCUUGGACUUCCACAUGCAACUCCAACCGAUUCCCCACCACUAUUAUGUCAACUGUGUCUUUCAGAGCCAAGUCGCAAUUCACGGGGCGCGCGAAGGUGAAGAUAUUUCGCCCGCAGAGCUUUAUAGCCGUAAACUUGCUACGUAUUUCGUUGCCCUUUCAUAUUUUCUUUACUUCCCAUUUUUAUUUCUCUUUUUCGUUCUUGAUUGCUUUCGUCUUGGGAUUCCUCGUCAAAGUGUUUGUUUCGUUCGCUGUUUUCUCUGUCAAUGCUUGCUACUUUCAUACCGCUUUGUAACCUCAUCACAACCAAUGUACCACUAGUAUGCAUGCACACCGCUUCUCUCGA